AUCGGAACUUCCAAAAUGCGCCCGACCUCUGCGCUCCAUGCUAUCCGGGUUCUCGUACCCGUCAAGCGCACGAUUGACUACAGUGUGAAGAUCCGUGUCGCGUCGGAUGGCAAGAGCGUAGACACAAACGCAAAGCACGCGGCGAAUCCUUUCGAUGAGUUGUCAAUCGAGGAGGCAGUCAGGUUGAAGGAGAAGUACAAGGAUGGCAUCAGCAAGAUUACUGUCGUGUCCAUCGGACCGCCUAAAUCAGCCGAUGUCCUGCGAACAGGUCUGGCCAUGGGCGCUGACGAUGCAAUCCACGUAGAGAUCCCGGAGAAGGAUGGCUCUUUGGAGCCAUUGGGCGUGUCAAAAGUUCUAGCCAAGAUUGUCAAGGAGGGAAUCAGCACUGGAGACUCAAAGGAGGAAGUGGGCCUUGUCAUUGCAGGCAAGCAAGCGAUUGAUGACGAUGCCAGCCAGACGGGUCAAAUGCUCGCUGCGCUACUCAACUGGCCACAGGCGACAUUUGCGAGCAAGCUCGAGCUACUCGGUACACCUGACCUUGGGCAAGAAGUACAGGUCACGCGCGAGAUCGAUGGUGGUCUUGGUGUCGUCAAGACCAAGUUCCCCUUUGUCAUGACCACUGACUUGCGACUGAAUGAGCCGAGGUACGCUUCGCUGCCAAACAUCAUGAAAGCCAAGAAGAAGCCGUUCAAGAAACUCACACUGAAGGACCUCGGACUGGAGAACGAAGUCAAGAACCGUCUCGAAACGCUUAAGGUCACCGAGCCGCCAAAGCGACAGGGUGGAACCAAGGUGAAGGACGUCGACAUGCUCGUCAGCAAGCUGAAGGAAGCCGGGCGGAUCUGAGCAUCGCACUGCGGUGUUGCUCAAAGUUGCAUCAGCGAGCGCUGCUUACGCAAUCACACGUUCUGUACUGUAAACGCAAUUGAGUGCUGCAACUAAGAAAAU